AUGAAGAGGAAGGUGUCUGCCUCUUUGGCAGCUAAGGGUCCUCCUUGCAAACAGAAGUUCCAUCGCUAUCCACUCAGAACGAUCCACAAUCAACCGGCCCCAGCUACCAGCCAAUCAACUGUUGUUCCACCUGAUACAGAUUCUACUAUGACUGGACAAACUUCCAAGGACCGGGUGGUUUGGUCUGAGAGUCAACAGCAUAUUAUGAUUGACUAUAUAGUAGAGAACUGGAAUAAAGUGGCUGAUGGUAUGAGCUUUGCAAAGCUAUUCUGGGUUGAGGUCAAGUUGCUGUUGUCCAAAAGCCCCUUUAUGGGCGCACCUAAAUCCUGGAAGACCUGCAGCGAGAAUUGGGGGAGGAUAAAGCGCACAUAUCAGCUUAUCACGGCCUUAAUUGCAAACAGUUCAGGUAUGCACUGGGAUUCUGAAACCGGGCUCAGCAUCACAGAAGAAAGCAAGACCCAGUGGACAGACUAUGCCAAGCGCAAUCCUACUGUCACCGGGUUCAAGAACAAAGGCUGGCCUUACUUCAAGAAGUUAGAUACUGUUAUGUCCAAUCGUGCAGCCAGGGCCCUCCACCCCAUCAACAACGCUGCAAGUGCAAACCCCACCCAAGUCAAGUUCAGUGACUGCAGAAGUCCUUUGUACCCCUGCUUCUCCAGCCCAAUCGUCCACAGUGAUCAACUGGCUGGUUGCCUUGCCUUCACCAUCAUCCCUACCUGCUCCUCUGGCUACAUCCCCAAUCCCAAGUGCUGUGUCAGUGUCUUCAAGCAAGGGGAAGUAUAA